AUGGCGGUUCUCUUUGUAGGCAGACAUCAAAUCCUUCGCUGCAUGGGCAACAGUGGAAUCUGUAGAAACUCCUGCAAAAGGGAUGAACAGCCCUACUUCAACUGCAGAAAUUACCAAUCAUGCUGCCUCCAGUCCUACAUGAGGAUAAGCAUUUCUGGCAGUGACGAAAAUAGUGACUGGUCCUAUAAGAACCAAUGGCCCAAAAUACCUUGAAUGCUAGUGGUCACCAUUCUCAAGCUCUCUGGGAAGCCAAUCUUCCUGUCAAUUCCUCUCAGUAAAACUCAUGACUAUGC